CCGUGUUUGUGGAUAGUCGAAAGUCGUCAAGUCGCGCGCGCGUUACCUUUCGCGCGUUGGUAUAGGUGUUGAGUCGCGUUCUUGGAGCCCCCCAGCAAACGAAGGGAGCGCGUUUUGUUUUUCGCGUUCUGUGUUGAUUCCCAAGGGAGCAAAAAAAGUGUGUGCAGAAUUGUAGCCGUUCGUCGUCGUCGUGAAGGUUGUUGCUGGUUGAAGGAGCUCGCUCGAUUCUAGGGCAGUGUCGACGACUUGCUGAAGCUUGGAAAAGGUUGCCGCUGUGAGCGCGGUUGUUGUGGUGGACAAAACGGAAGUUUUUUUUCGACUUCCCAAAAACAGGACAGCCCCACUGAACCGGCAAGGACGCCCCCAAACCGCGCCUCACGAUGGGUUCCGGCGGCAGAAUGGACUGCUGCGGGCAGUGUGUCAAGUAUAGCAUGUUCGUCUCCAAUUUCAUCAUUUUCCUCGGCGGUGCCAUCGUGUUCGGGCUCGGCGUGUGGACGCUGGUCGAUAAGAACUUCAUCAACGAGCUGCUCGGAACGAACCUGUUCACCGGGGCGGUCUACGUGCUGAUUGCGACCUCCGCCCUGGUCUGUUUGCUGUCCUUCUUCGGGUGCAUCGGCGCCGCCAAGGAGUUCAAGUGCAUGCUGCUGACGUACUUUAUUUUGAUUUUCCUGAUUUUCGUGACGAUGCUGAUCGGCGGCAUCCUGGGCUACGUGUUCCGCGAGAAGGUCUCCCAGACGAUGCAGCAGGAGAUGCACUCGUCGAUGCGGCUGUACGGGGCGCCCGGCGGCCGGUCCAUCACCCAGGCCUGGGACACCACGCAGGAGCGGCUCAAGUGCUGCGGCGUCAAGACGUACCACGACUGGCGCGGCUCGAUCCCGCAGUCCUGCUGCCAGCGAACGCUGACGGACUUUAAGCCGUGCCAGGACAAUCCGACGCCGGAGAACAUCCACGCCCAGGGCUGUCUGGACAUUACGUCGAACCUGAUCCGGGACAACGCGGCCAUCAUCGGCGGGGCCGGCAUCAUCGUGUCGAUUCUGCUCGUCUUCGGGAUGAUCUUCUCCUGCUCGCUGUUCCGGAUGAUAGAGUAGAUAGAGUUUGAGGCCUGGAGCUUCACUGUGCAAAAUCAAAAUCAAAAAAUGCAAAGAAAGUACAAUUCUGGGCGCGCCUUAAAGCAGAAGCAGUUCAUCACUGAGAAUGAAUGAUAGUUUUGGUUAUAAUUUCUCCUCUUUCACUCUCGAAUCAGGUUGUAAAUACCGAAGAAAUGCCGCAAAAACCCGAAUACAUAAGGCAUUUCGUCUCGAAUGAUCACGCGAAAUCCGUCCACUUCUUUCAAGCCAGCAUUGCUUUUCAAUCACAAUUUGUUCUUAUUAUUUAAAAAAAAAACCGUGAUUUUGUAUUUGUUAGCUAGUAAGAAUAAAAAAAGCAUAAUUGAGAGAAAAAGCGUGUGGGUGAGUGUUUUGAGCCAUGAAAGAUAUAAAAAGAAGAAGCACAAUUUAUGCCACAGCAUCAGAAACCUCGAAUUCUUGUUGAGAAGAUUUUCAUUCCACAUCCCCCACUGCAGCAGUCAAAUUUACUUACCCUGCACUACGCUAAUUAUUUACUGUAGAGCUGCAUCGCCGUAACGUGUACGUUUGUGUCAUUGUAAAAGUUUAAUUUAAUUGAUUACGAAUAAAGAAGGUUUUAAACUGUA